AGGCGAUAUGAUAAGAACACAAGACUCCUUGCUAAAAACGGAGCAUAUAAAAGCAAAACAUCGCAGGUUUGCGGCAGUAAUUGUGGUUCUCUACAGUCACGAUUUAUCUGCAGAAUGAAGGUACUCAUUGUCGUCCUCGCCUGUUUCGCCUUGGCAUACGGGCAAAGUCCUGCCAAGGCUCUUGAAAACACCAUCAAUGGAUUGAAGGAACAAAUGCCAUGUGGUUUCCCUGAUAUGGGUAUUCCUUCAUUGGCUCCACUCAAGGUUGACUUCUUUGAUUUAUACCACAAGCUCUGGAUUAUUAAAAUCUACGGUGACAUCAAGAAUGCCGUCAUCAGCGGAUUGAAUGAUUUCUCAGUGGACGAUGUAACCAUGAACGUUCUUACCUUGAAGGCUGGCCUCAGCUUGGGAUUCCGUUCCAUCAAUAUUCAAGGAAACUUGUCCUUGCAAUCAUGGAUUGUUUCAUUCUUGAAGAUUAAGAGUUCCGGAAAUUUGAACAUGACCCUCGAAAACUUGCGCAUCUCCGUUGCUGUUCGUUUCGGUAUGGUUGAUGGUGUCAUGAAAUUGAUGGACUUCACUCCAACCGUUGACUUGGGAAAGAUUGAAUUCAAAUCAACUGGCUUCGUUAUUGGCAAAUUGACCAUGAAGAUUGUUAACAGUAUUGCACAAAAGGUUGUCAUGAAUUUGUUCAACGAUCACAAGGAUGCCAUCGAGGAAACUGCUCAAGCGAUCGUAAUGCCAGCUGCCAAUGACUUCUUGAAGGACAUGACCAUUUCUGAUUUGCUUCAAUUGUUGACUGGACCAAAGGAACCAUCUGAACCAUGCAUCCCGCCAGCUGCUUAAGAGAGAUUUUGACUUGUUAUUCUUAUUCUAAUAAAAAGGAAAUUUUGUAGCAGCAAUGUUU